ACAGUUCAAGGCUUUACGUGAUCUCUUUGACAAAAGUUAUUUACCGGCACGUAAGCUGUAGAUUUUUUAUCUUAUCUUGUCGGCUUCCUGACAAAGAACCUGCUUGAAUCGAUGAAUCAAUCAACGUAAAAUGUAUCUGUAGAUAUAGAACAGAUAAAAUGAAGUGUCGCGUACGGCAAACGAAAAGUAAGGUGAAGCUAGAGAAAGGCGUGAAGGAAAACAAAGGAAAUCUUUCACCGGUCCUGGUACGUAAUCGCUCCAAGCGGUCUGGUCUGGAAGCUGUGAAACUACACCUGCAAGUCACCGGGGCUACUGGCAGAACAUCGCGUUCCGCUACGACAAUCCGAAAAACGAGUCUCCGAAUGUCAGCUAUAAAAGAAUACCCCUUCGACCUCAGUGAUUUACAAAACCAACGAGAAGAGAACUCGCCACCUCCCCGAUAUAAUGAAAUACCUCCUGCAACAAACAACUUAGCAACACCAGACGGCAAGAGAAAAGUCUCCAUAAUGGCCGAUGAACACAAAAACGGACACGCAGAAAGGAAUGGCCGAGUUUCAGCACAAGCAGAGGGACCAUCGCGGCGGAAAAGCAAUUUACACAAUGCCAUGGCAGCGGAAAUGGAUACAUCAUGGGAACGGCCGGCACACAUCGAGGGUAGAUACAAGAAAUACUCCACUACAUCGUCUGUUCACUCGAAGAAAGCUCAUUCACACCACAGCGAACACGUUGAAAGGUCGUGGUGGUACGCUUGUUGUCAAAAGUGUCACAGUGACGACUCCGGCAUUCCGACGUGGGAGCCACCGCACUGGCAAAAAUUUUGCCCCUAUCCACUAUGUCCGUCAUACCGGCACUUUGCUCAAAACCUAUCAGUAUUAAUUAUCGGUAUUUUAGUAUGGUUAAUAGUAUGGAUGGUAUUAGGAGACACUGCGGCGCCAGGCGGGCAACUUUUCAUGUUGGCAAGUCUAACCAUAGCUGCCAAUAUCGGUGGCUGGCUGAUGGUAAAACUGACAACCUUACCAGCUCUGAUUGGAAUGUUGUUUACCGGAGUGUUGUUAAAGAAUAUUGGCUUCGUUGAUUUCAAUACAGAAUAUUUACAUGUGUGCUCGUAUAUAAGAAAAAUAGCUUUAACGAUAAUAUUAACGAGAGCUGGUUUAGAUCUGGACCCAAUGGCAAUGAAGAAAUGUUUCUUUUCCGUAAUAAAAUUGGCAGUUGUACCAUGGACAUUUGAAUUUGUUUUGUGCGCUGUUAUGUCUAACCUUCUACUUGGUUUGCCUUGGGACUGGGCAUUCCUUCUCGGUUCAGUGGUUGCUGCUGUAUCACCAGCGGUGGUCGUCCCGUGUUUAUUCCGCCUAAGAAGUAAGGGGUACGGGGUGUCCAAAGGUAUACCCACCCUUGUCCUUGCCGUGUCCGGAGUUGACGAUGCCAUCAGUGUUGCUAUAUUUGGUAUUCUGGCAUCUAUAAUGUUCUCAAGCUCCUCGGUCACAAUGAAUAUUAUACAGGGUCCGCUUAGUGUAAUCCUUGGAAUUGCCUUUGGGGUGCUCUGUGGCUACCUCAUCAAAUAUAUUCCUGAACGGAACGAUGCGUUUUUGGUACCUUUGCGAGUGUUGUUACUGCUCACUGGAGGCAUCGCUUCUAUAUUUGGCUCUGAAGAAAUUGGUUGGGGUGGUGCUGGUCCCAUGGCAGUAAUAGCAUUUUCAUACGUCGCUUGUAAGAAUUGGGUGGAACAAGGAUGGGAGUUAGAUGAUAACCCAGUGGCAACAGCGAACGAGAUUUUCUGGAUGUUCUUUGAACCUAUGUUGUUCUCUAUAACUGGGGCUCAAGUUGUGAUCACUGAUUUGCCCCCAAAUUUAGUGUUAGUUAGCGUGGGUAUCCUUACGACAUGUGUCAUUUUACGGGCCAUGGUAACAAGUGCUAGUGCGGUUUGCAGUAAUUUAAAUAUGAAGGAAAAAAUCUUCGUCGGAUUUUCAUGGAUGGCGAAAGCCACUGUACAGGCCGCCCUGGCAACUGUUCCUUUGGACUACGUCCGAAAGCUAGCAGGGAACAAUGAGCCCUCUAGCGAAUUGCUUUAUUACGCUGAUACGGUUAUCACUAUUUGCAUUCUCUCUAUUAUACUCACUGCGCCUCUUGGAGCCAUCAUCAUCACGAUAACAGGACCUCGUUUAUUAUCGAAGACGUCGAAACCGCCAGUUUUAGAAGGUUGGCGUCGCUCACACAGGCCGUCGAUUCGUGACAUUUCCAUCAUCGAUGAAGAGGAGAUAGCAGAACGUGAUGCUGAAGUUAGCGGGGAAAUACACCAUUCACCACCAAGCACUCCUGACCCCACAUCGAAAAUUCCCACAGCGUUCAGCACACCCAAUCCUAUCACUGUUCAACCGAACCAUCGCACUUGAUAGUGGUAAAACAGUUAUUUAUAUUCCCGUCCAAUCCAAAAUAUUUAUUUAUAGGUAAUAAUAAGCAUUAUUUAAAUAAUGGUCUUACUAAGGCAGUUUCUGUCAGAGCAAUCCCAUUUUUUAAAACUAAAUUGAUCUAAUUUAACCCUCUUACGAGAAGUACUCCUUCGACUCUCUGUCUAAUUGUAAUUGCAGUGUUAAAGUGACAGAACUUUAAAAACGGUGCAAUUAGACUGAUUAGUUUAUAUCAGGGGCAUGAGUUUAUUGCCUUUGGAUAUGAGUUGAUGUACAUGAAUUUAUUAUAUCCGUUGAAGGAGUAAAAAUGUAAACCUAUAAUAUUUGUGCAUUGACGUAUAUAGUUAAUGUUUUAAUAUGUUGGUAUAUAGAAAACUUAUGCUAAGAGAAAAGUCUUAGGGUCUGUUUCACAAUGUACGGAUAAGUUCUACAUAAGCUCCAAAUAAGCUAUUUAUUACUUAUUGGUAGGAUAAACACUAUUGUUGCGUUUCACGACUGUCAGAUAGCGAUAUUUGUCACAUAAAGUCCAUCAUGAGUUAUGCGUCCGAUGAAACGCGAAGUAUCUUAUUCAGAACUUUUAUUUUUCAAAUAAUUUAUGUGUUGCAUAGCUAUUUGGUACUUUAUCCAUACAUUGUAAAACAGACCAUUAGUCAAAUACGAGAAUCGUCGCAACAUUUGAUUUACUUUGACUUAGCGCAGAGCCAAACAGAAUUCUAAAUUGUAAUUCGUACGUACUAUGAAUACACUGCGUGCAUACAAAUGCAUUUAAGAACUCAAACAAAUUCUUACACCGUUGCUAU